UUGAUUUCUUAUCUCUUGGAUGCGUUGGCUCGAGAAUCCCGCCGAGGGUCAUGGAGCUGGGUCUGACCCUCCGCUUUUCUGCGACGCCUCCCUCCUCCGCGAGGGAGAGAGGAGCUGUCCGCCGCUUUUCUCUGCUCCCCUCCUCCUGUUCGUCUCGCUUCCUUUUCCGCGAGGCCUCCUUCUCUCUCCCUGCCCGAAUCCCUUUUCGACAUUCAGUCUCGCUGGCCAGAGCAAGCGCCGUCUCCCUCGAGAGCAGGCGUAGAAGUAACCGCUCCACAGGAAGCGUUACAAUAGAGGAGGAGGAGGAGGAGGAGGUCGAGGAGAUGGAGGAGGAGGGGGAAUCGUCUUCUUCUGCUUCGUUUUUAUCUCUAAGCGAGAAGCCUGAUAGGAAUCUUGCGCUGCUCGACGAGUAUGAGCUGGAAGAGCUCGAGAAGGAUUCCGUUAAUCCGAACCAUCGAAGCGGAUAUGUAGCUGUGUUAGGCAAGCCAAAUGUUGGAAAGAGCACUCUUGCAAACCAAAUGAUAGGUCAGAAACUCUCAAUUGUUACAGAGAAACCUCAAACUACACGUCAUCGUAUUCUUGGUAUAUGUUCUGGCCCUGAAUAUCAGAUGAUACUCUAUGAUACACCUGGUGUUAUUGAAAAGAAAAUGCACAAAUUAGACUCUAUGAUGAUGAAAAAUGUCCGAAGUGCUGCCAUUAAUGCUGACUGUGGGCUUAUGGUUGUUGAUGCUUGUAAGGUUCCUCAGAAGAUUGAUGAUGUGCUAGAAGAAGGAGUUGGAUCUCUCAAAGAUAAGCUUCCUAUUCUGUUGGUAUUGAAUAAGAAGGAUCUGAUUAAACCUGGAGAGAUUGCAAAGAGACUUCAGUGGUAUGAGAAAUUUGCCAAUGUUGAUGAGGUCAUACCUGUAAGUGCUAAAUAUGGUCAGGGAGUGGAUGAUGUCAAGGAUUGGAUACUCUCAAAACUCCCUUUUGGUCCUGCUUAUUAUCCCAAGGACAUCACCAGCGAACACCCUGAGAGAUUCUUUGUGGCAGAAAUUGUAAGGGAGAAAAUAUUUAUGCAAUAUAGAAAUGAAGUUCCAUAUGCAUGCCAGGUCAAUGUUGUGAAAUAUAUUAGCAGGCCGGCCUCAAAAGAUUUUAUUCAAGUAGAAAUUAUUGUUGAGAAGAACUCGCAAAAGAUUAUUCUCAUUGGCAAGGAAGGGAAGGCUUUAAAGGUAUUGGCAACAGCAGCAAGGCUUGAUAUUGAAGAUUUCCUGCAGAAGAAAGUCUAUCUUGAGGUAGAAGUGAAGGUGAAAGAAAAUUGGCGCCAGGAUGAAGGCUUGUUGAAAUACUAUGGCUAUGGUGGUCAAAUUCAAGUUUUGUAAAGUGGUUUGCUUCCCGCACGUAAUUAAUCUGUUUGUAACCUUUUAUUCUCACACACAAGCCAAUGAUAUUCGUGCUAUUACAAAACUUCGCCUCCAAUUAUUCUUGGUUCAUCUUUCGAAAGGAUAAUCCCUUCCUGCACUCAAUCGAUCAGUUUCUUUGGCAUCCUGUCCAUAGAAGCAUGGCCAUAGGGGUAUUUGUCCAUGCAUGAUUUGGUCUGAUCUAAAUAUCAAAACCUGCCUAUCUCUAAUCAGAAACUGGCUGCUCGUUGUAGCUGCUAAAAGUACAAAUUCUGUUCUCUGUUUAUCUGUAGCAUGAUCUUGUUAGAACUUGGAAGCUUCUUUUCGCAAGAUUAUGUGAGAUUUCGCAAUGGGCUUUGAAUGAUAGUACCCUUGUGGCAGCAAAAAUCCAGCCAAGGACCAUCUACCACCAUUGUUUGUUUUGCAAAGUUGUAAGGUGACUGAGCGAUCAAGUUUCUCCCCUUCUUCAAAGGAGCAUACCCCGUUCUGAUUCCGCAUGCUAGAUGAAGGGAAACUGAUGCAUGAAUUCUGCUGUUGGAACAACCUGAAUCCUGCUUGUUGAGGCACCAUGAUAGAGCUUCUCGUCUCUCUCUCAUGAUUUAUGGUUCGGCUUUUAGUGCUUCAUAGAGAAUGUACGCACUUCAUUAGAGCUGAUUUUUCUUUCAUUUGGCUAGAAUUUCAAUUUUGCUAUUGUAUUAUGAUGUUUAGUUCUUUGAUUACUUGUUCUCUGCUUUUGCUCGUCAUCUGCUUUAUCUCAUGAACAAAAGUUUGCAAGGACUUGUGGGAAAAGUUAGAUUAAAGGUCAGGCUCUUUGUUUUGAACAAUUUCGAGAAUCGAAUUAUUGGAGAGGGUUUAUUCUUA